AUGGCACCACCCGUAAAUGUCGGCAUCAAGGCCAUUGAGAUAUACUUUCCUGCUCAGUGCGUCGACCAAGAAGAGCUUGAGAGGUAUGAUGGAGUCAGCAAAGGAAAAUACACCGUUGGCUUGGGACAGACGAGAAUGAGUUUCUGCGACGACAGAGAGGACAUCAACUCAAUCGCUCUUACUGCGGUGUCGGGACUCCUGCGCAAGUACGAUGUCGAUCCAAGAUCCAUUGGCCGACUUGAAGUGGGCACAGAGACGAUGCUGGACAAGUCAAAGUCGGUCAAAUCGGUCCUCAUGCAGCUUUUUGAACACUGCAACAACACAAACAUCGAAGGCGUGGAUACCAUCAACGCUUGUUACGGCGGAACGAACGCGCUCUUCAACGCUGUCAACUGGGUAGAGUCGCGCGCUUGGGACGGCAGAGAGGCCAUCGUUGUCGCAGGGGAUAUUGCACUCUAUGAGAAGGGCAACGCAAGGCCAACUGGAGGCGCAGGCUGUGUGGCCAUGCUAGUAGGCCCUAAUGCUGUCCUAGCUCUCGAGCCUGGCUUGCGAGGUUCCUAUUCUCGGCAUGCUUAUGACUUCUACAAGCCCAACUUCUCGGUUGAGUAUCCUUACGUUGAUGGUCGUUUGUCAUUGAACUGCUACACGGAAGCUGUCGACGCUUGCUAUAAAGCUUAUCUCGAACGUUUCGAGACUGAAAGCUCAGGCCACGCAGUUGGGGAGGAUGACCACAGGAAUCACCAAACUUUGCCUGCAGAUAAGUUCGACUACAUGUGUUUUCAUGCCCCAACCUGCAAAUUAGUGACCAAGUCAUACGCUCGCUUAUUCUACCGCGACUUCUUGUCUGAUCCGGACAACAAACUUUUCAAAGCAAUUCCUGCAGAGCUCGGAUCUGCAGGUUAUGCGUCCAGCCUCAACGACAAGCUGAUUGAAAAGACUUUCAUGACGCUGUCUCAGGAACGUUUCAAACACCGGGUAGAGCCCUCCACGUAUAUCCCGACUCAGUGCGGCAACAUGUAUUGCGGAAGUCUUUACUCCGGCCUUUGCAGUCUGUUAGGUCUUGUCCAGAGCGAUCAGCUACAAGGCAAGCGCAUCGGCAUGUUCAGUUAUGGUAGCGGGCUUGCUAGUACCAUGUUCAGCUUGCUGGUAGUAGGAAGUACGGAAAAUAUUCGAGCCAGUCUCGACUUGAAGAAGAGACUGAGCGAGAGGCGAGUUGUGUCUCCGGAAUCAUACGAUGAAACGUACUAUGAAGUUUACAAGGGUGGGCAGUACUUUCGCGUUAUCGAUGAAAUGCAUGCCAAGUAUGGUCAGGAUUUUCCCCAUCAUGAGAGUAUAUUCGAUAGCCUUCUGCUUAAACCCAAGAUCAUAGGCCCCGUCGUCCGCAUCACUCCGAAUGAGCUGCACUUCGAAGAUCCAGAGUUCAACGAUGUGCUUUAUCCGAGUGCGGGUAAGAGAAAGAUAGACAGGCCCGAGUAUGCUGCGGCGAGGGCUGGGACUCCUGGAUCCAUCGUUGCCACUGCACAGCAUGAUGUUCAUCGACGACGCCGAAACGCUCUCAACUCUUUCUUCUCUGGGGCAAGCGUUCGCCGGUUGGAGCCCAUCAUCCAAGAGCACAUGGACAAACUGCUCGUUCGGAUGGAAAAGUCUGGCAAACAAUGUGAAGUUGUUGAACCACAUCACAUGUUCAAAGCGUGCGCGAGCGACAUCAUCACGCUUUAUGCCUUUGGGGAUUCUUUCCAUUUUAUGGAUCAGCCUGACUAUGGACAACCUUACUUCCGGGCGGGAGAGGCAUUUAACAGCAUGACGCACAUCUUUGGUGCUUUCCCAUGGCUCCUCACCCUCGCGAUCUCGGCGCCGGGAUGGUUGGUUAAGUAUCUGAAACCAGAGAUGACUGAGUUUGUGGACCGCCGAGAGUGGUGGGUUGAGAAGGUUCGGGAAAUUAAAAACUCAAAUGAUCCAGAGCGAGCGAAGAAUACCAUUUUCGGAGGCAUACUAAAUAGUGCUCUGCCGGCAGCGGAUAAGACGGACGAGAGGUUGGCAAAUGAGGCACAAUUGGUCGUUUUCGCCGGAGAGGGCACAACGGGUGAGAGUUCACGCUACGCGUUUCGUACCUAUUUGAAUAACAAACCACAAGCGCAUACCCUCACGUCGGCAAUCUAUCAUCUGUUGGCAAAACCGGAGAUCUUACAGAAGGUCAAGGACGAGCUUGCCGCGGUGGUGAGUGAUGGGCGUCGGAUUCCAACAUUUCAAGAGCUCGACAGACUCCGGUACCUGACUGCGGUGAUCAACGAAGUCAUUCGCUUACAUCCUGGCGCAAUGCACCGCCAAGUACGCGUCUGCCCCAAUGACGCCAUCAUAUACAUAGACAGGGCACGAGGUGUAGAGCACGUCGUUCCGCCCGGGACGGUUUAUGCCAUAUCCCCUCUAACUAGCCAUAUGAACGGAAAUGUAUUCAAAGACCCAUACGAGUUCAUCCCUGAGCGGUGGAUCGACAAUCCUGAGAUUUCGAAAGCCUUUAUGGGCUUCUCUCGAGGCACGAGAGCAUGUGUAGGAAUAACACUCGCUCGGCGUGAGUUGGCAGCUACUUUAGCGACGAUAUUCAUCAAGUAUGACCUGUACCGCGGUCAGCAAGGCCCAACUCUGGAGCUCUACGAUACAAUCCGCGCAAGGGACAUUGAUGCAGCCAAGGACUAUAUCACCCCGCUGCCUGCCAAGGGAAGUUUUGGACUACGCGUGAGGGUCCGCAACUAA